AACACUGAAAACCCCAGUGGCUGCUGUGGAAGGCAAACCCCAGAAGAGUGAAAGGGUUUUAUAAAUCCAGGCAUUUGCAAGAAAAAAACCCUAAUCAAUCAUCUUUACAAUCGUUCUAAUCAAACAAGAUUUUCAUAUAAUUAAGACGCAUAUACAGACAUUCAAGAGUGUGAGUGUGGGAGAAAUCUGGGAAAAAUGUCGUUUAGGUCGAGGGAAAUGGUGAAGAGGAUAGUGAAGAAGAUAGGGGGUGAGAAAAAUCUGGCACCCGGACUCAAAGAUGAGCUCAAGAAAUCCGUACCCAAUUCCAAGGUCGUCAUGGGUCGGGCCCACCGCGGCCUCUACGCCGGCCGCCACAUCCAGUUCGGCAACCAAGUCAGCCACGACGGCGGUAACAAGUCAAGGAGGUCAUGGAAGCCCAAUGUACAGGAUAAGCGGCUAUUCAGUUACAUCCUAGAUCGUCACAUUAAGGUAAAAGUAACCACUCAUGCCCUCCGCUGCAUAGACAAGGCAGGUGGUAUUGAUGAGUACUUGCUGAAGACACCAUACCAUAAGAUGGACACUGAAAUGGGACUCUACUGGAAGGCUAGGAUUGAAAAAUUGUAUGAAGAGCUUGGCGAAAUGGAGGUUGUUUUCUUUUCACCUGAAGAUGAAGCCAAAUUUGAAGAGCAAUUUAGAGAGUUGAAGCUAGAACAGAGGGCAGCCCGCAGGGAAGCCAGGAGAAAGAUGUAUGGUUGGUCAGGUAAAUCAGAGGCAAUAGACGAAGGAAGAGCAGAUGCCGAGGGAACUCAUCAAGAAGCUGCCAGACAUGGAGAAGGAAGCUCAGAUGCUGAUAUUCAUGAGCCCCAGAUUGCCAAUGCUUGAAUGCUGGAUUGUCUCUUGCAAUGCUGUUGGAUUUUAGUUAUAGUUCCUUCACAUUCUGAAACUUCAAUUUUGUUGUAUAUUUUGCAAUUUUGGAAUCAACUCCCGUAUGUCAAAGAUGAUGGUGCAAUUGGCACUUGCGAUAUGACGCAGGAACUAGUAGAUCUCUUUUAGCAUAUGGAUUGGCAUUCUUACUUAAUGGGGUUUCUGUAUAUAAAAAUGUGCCAUCAGAUUUGAUAAAGAGCCUCUGCUGAAAGGGGGGCGGUUUUGAUCAUCAAUAUGACGUUCUUAGAAAUUAAAA